ACAUGAGAGUAGUAAUAGUACCAGAUUCAGAGCCCAUAGUCCCCAUCCCACACCCUCUAAAGAAAAAUGAGUUGAACUUAGUCCCUGAUGGCUGAUGAUCUGAGUCUCACAUCUUCGAUUCAAAGUUUAACACCUUCUCUUCUUUGAUUCCAUUGCCAGAAGAAACAAGCUACAGUACUUGGACAAUUGAUAUGACGAAAGCUCCAAUUUAACAGAUUGAAGUGGAUCAUCGUAUGGGUACUGCAUACAGCCAUACAUCAACCAUGAAUCAGCUUCACAAUACAAGAGUUCCUACAUGUAUUUCAUCACCUACAGUUUUAUUGCCAGCACCCUCAGAAGUGACAUUUCUUAGUUGUCCAGAGCGUAGACCAUCUUAUGUUGACAGCGAGCUGCCUGGUAGUUCUAUCACCUCAUUCGGUGCUUCUGUGGCAGCAAGUAAUGCCCUCCAGUCAACGUGUGCGUUAGCUUCUCACUUUACCUCAGGUCUUCAUACCAUCAAUGAAUCACCUAAUAAUGGGAUGCUUUCUUCUGGAUCAGAUGCUACUGAACCAUCAGAUCCUGACAUUCCAUUGCCAUCAAUGCACUCAUCAUUCAAGGGUGACUCAAGUUCACUAACGAUGGCUUUUCCGAAAGUAUCUGAACAGAUUAGUUGGAACCAAGAACCACUCCAAGGAGUAUUUGAUUAUCCAACAAAUCUUGAUUUCUCCGAUCAACAAAAUCCGACCACUGUUGGCCAACAAAUUCAAGACAGCAUUACAGUGAAUCCUAGCACCCACCUUGCAAAGCAAAAUGAGUGGUUUCCAUCUGGGAGUUCAGUGCAGUUUCUAGGAUCUGCUGGAUCUGUGCUGGAGGCAGUUGAUGCUAUAACUGCAACACCGCAAAAUUAUUGUUAUUGCCAUACACAGAGUAGCAUGCCUGAUCCUUUCAACUGUGAUGCAUAUUGCGCUGAUAAUCUCCCCUCUUCGAACACCACUCCAACCAAGUCAAGGAUACGCUGGACACCUGAGCUCCAUGAGCGGUUUGUUGAUGCUAUUAACAAGCUGGGUGGAAGUGAAAAAGCAACUCCAAAAGCUCUCCAGAAGGUUAUGAAGGUCGAAGGGUUAACUAUAUACCAUGUAAAAAGCCAUCUACAGAAGUACCGUGCAGUUCAACAUCGAUCUCAAUCAUCUGAUGGCGCAUGUGCAAAGAGAAGCAGCCAAACUGAUGAGGUUUCCCUUCUACAAUUGAAAGGCACGGGGAGCAUUGAAGGAUUAAGGACACAGAUUGGCUUGCAGAAACAACUUCAUGAACAACUUGAGAUCCAAAGAAAAUUGCAGUUGCAAGUUGAGGAACACAGCAAGUACCUUGAAAUGAUAAUUGCAAAGCAGAGUGAAAGCCUAAAAAAGCUCGGAGCAUUACCAGGUUUUCGAGAUCAAUCCCAGCCGGUUUUGGGUGACAGUAAAGCAUGUGAAGAACGGACGGUAUGCACUAAUUCAGCAGAACUACUGGGAAAAUGAAAAUGGUCAUAGAAAGCGACUUUACGUGAGCUCACUGCCAGCAGAAAGCAGUUUU